AUGAACCCUCAAUGUCUUCGUUAUGACGAGUAUGAGCUAUCCAGGACAAGCACUCACACCUCCGACAACUAUGAACCCUCCUCACCCCUUGGCGACAACCAAGACGAACACCAACUCCACCUGCUUUCCGAUCGAAUCGUGGCAGAUGAAGGCAAAUCUACCCUUUCCGCACGCCUCUCCUCCUUGACCCCUGCGUGGCUACGCCAACAACGUCGCCCUCGAAGAUCGAGAACACGCGCGAGAAGGCUAUCCCGUUUAUGUUCCUGUUCGCUGAGAUCAUUUUACCGCAAAGUCGCUCUCAUACUCUAUGCCUUCUUUGCUACCAUUCUCACUGUGGUAGUCGUUGGCGGCAUAUUCUUCCCCGGCUAUACACACCUCCCUCCUCACUACGAAGCUCUCAGGAGAGAGGUCGCGGCCUCCGACCUACCUGGGCGCGCGAAUUUGCAUCACGAGAAGGUCUUUAUAGCUGCAAGCAUUUUUGACAAGGGUGGAAAGCUGGCAACCGGACCAUGGGCUGACAAUAUACUGCACCUCAUCGACCUAUUGGGCCCGGAGAACACAUUUCUAUCCAUUUAUGUGAACGACGCAGGACCCGAGGCAAAAGAAGCACUGGAGAUUUUGGAGAAGAGAGUUACAUGCGACCACGCCCUGGUAUUUGAGGAGCACUUGAGCCUGGACGAGGUGCCGCAUGUCAUACUACCCGAUGGGAGUGACAGGGUAAAGCGUAUCGACUACCUGGCCGAAGUUCGAAACCAGGCUCUUCGACCACUCGAUACACUCGCAACCCAAUAUGAUAAACUACUGUACCUGAACGACGUUGUGUUUCACCCGAUUGACGCGGCGAAUUUGUUGUUCUCAACGCAUACAACGACCUCGGGAAAAGCAGACUACAGAGCUGCCUGCGCGGUCGACUUCAUCAACCCCUUCAAAUUUUAUGACACUUUUGCGACGAGAGACAUGGAAGGUUUUAGCACGGGAAUUCCCUUCUUUCCCUGGUUUUCCGCGGGAGGAUCCGAACAGACGCAUCAAGACGUACUAGAUGGGUCGGACUCUGUAAGAGUCAGGAGUUGCUGGGGUGGCAUGGUCGCAUUCGACGCUCAGUUCUUUCAGAAAUCAUCCAAUGUUCGUCAAGAACCAAUUACAGCAGGCAAUCAGAGCCCUAGCAAUCUGUCGGCACCGUAUCAUUUUCGAGCGGAACAGGAUCUUUUCUGGGAUGCAUCAGAGUGUUGUCUGAUCCAGGCAGAUAUUCAAAACCCCGAACCUGGAAAUUCCGAAAUUUAUAUGAAUCCAUUCGUAAGGGUUGCCUACGACACAAGAACACUUUCUUGGCUGAGUUUCACGCGGCGCUUUGAACGCCUCUACACUCCAAUUCAUUUCAUCCUCGAUAUCAUGGUGAUGAUGCCUCAUUAUAAUCCAAGAAGGUAUGAAGAGCCUUGGCAGCUGGUCGACGAAACUGUCUGGGUUCGAGAUGAUACACUCGAGCUGGGCGGGUCCUUCCAGCACGUGACCAGAACAGCCACCCAUUCAGGCUUCUGCGGCAUGAGGAAGUUGGCAGUGAUCAAAGAAAACAUUAGAGAAGGAGAGCGAAAUUGGGAGACACUUCCAGUGCCUCCAUUGUUUUGA